UUCAGUUCUAACGCAUUUCUGAUGAUUUGUCCUUGAAGCUUGUGAUCAAGGCUUUCCUGAAGUUAUUUAUCUACAUCUUAUGGCUAUAAGAAUGUCUUGCAAGACAUCCAGUAAAAGCGAUAAAUGGAUGUGCGCUCGUUUGUAGCUAUAUUUAUCACGCUAGUUACAUAGACACAUCAAACUUCACGUACCAAUUACAUCCAUUUAUUUUGUUUAUUUGUUAGUUACCCUUUUCCCAUUGUUUCAUUUAUUCAUUCUUUCUUUCCGUUUUCCUCUUACUGUUUAUUAUCAAACUCAUUUUCAGGUUCACCAAUAACUCAGUUUUUUUUCUGACUGUUGUUUGCUAUUUUCCCUUAAUUUUAGACACUUAGCUCCCUUUCUACGUUUAUGUAUGUUUCAGUCAUUUCUCUUCGUUCAACAAAUUUAAGAGUUGAUAGAUGAAUAGAUAAAUAGCGAAGUUGACCGUGUUUUAUUAUAUCAUCAGAGGAUCUCGUCUAAUUUAAGAACAAUCGAUAAAACUCAACUCUUAUAUGUCUACCACACGAUCUUCAAUUCAUAUCUUUAGGAUAAAAAAAUCUAGAAUACGAGGUGAUCACUUUCAGGUUACAUACAUAUGUAUCAAUGUGUAUGUGUAUAGAUGCGACGUACAGAUGGUUUGUUGAAAAGGAGUAAUAUCGGCGAAUAAAUUCUUAAAAUUUGAGACAAAUUUAGAGAACACCUCACUAUAAAAAUCUUACUGAGAAAUACUUUUUUCCUACAAUUGAUAUUAAUUAUCAACAGCAGUGUUAUAAGAUAAUAUAUCAUUCCAUGGAGUUGUAAUCAGCAGAUUUCAGUUAUGAUAAAUAUCACUUCAUUAACCCAACCGGCUUCACCAAAUUCACGUAGAUCAAGUUCAAUCUCAGCACUUGCAUUGUAUAAUACUGCUGUUACGAGCACUUAUACUCAUCCAAAUAAUCCUAUUCAUAAUAAUUCAACUGUGGUGAAUCUUUACACGAGACAGUAUAUGCAAAAAAAGAAAUCUCAUCGAUGGCGAUUGGUCAGAACACCAAUUCCAUUGAAUCCAGUCUAUCGUAAAACAUUAUUUUUAGCCAUACUUAUACCAUUUAUUGGUGCAUUACUGUUUAUCGGAGCAACAUUAACACCAUAUUGGGAGAAUGUUCAUUUUAAAUUCAUUAAAUUGUUGGAACUAUUUUCAAUCAAACAAAAUUGCUCAACAUUCACUGGGCAUGAAAACGGUAACAUGUACAAUAAGUCACUAAUUAAUCAAACAGAAUUCGUAAUUUUAGAAGAUCCAAAGCGAUGGAUUAAUAAUAAUAAUGAUAAUAAUAUUAAUAAUUAUACCUUAGAAUUUGUCAUAUUUCGUGAUGGUAAAAUAUUAAAUUGGAGAAUACUGAAACACUUAUAUAAAAAUUGUUUGACAGUUACAUAUAAAAUGAAUGAAAUCAUAGGUAUUGUCGUACAUUCAUAUAAACAUAUCACAUCUACCGAGAAUACACCGAAGCAUUUAUCACGUGAAACAAUAACACCAAGAUUAUUCACUCGUAACAAAUAUACAUUCACACGUCAUGAAUGGAUACAGUUAGUAGAGCAUGGGGAUUUGUUAGACGAUACACAGGAUGAUGAAAUGAACAGAAAUUUAUGGUUAAUUAUGAAUUUGCAAGCUGGUAUCUGGACAAUGUGUUUUCGAUUGGCAGAUGCUUACAAACCUAAACUGCUAGCCUACAGUUCAAAUAUCCAUCCAGAUUUAAACAUACCACUUGACUGUAUGUCUUAUCUACAAGCAAACUUAUCUGAAACAAAGAAUCUAUGCAUUCAAUUUCUUUUAAAAAUGCAGAAUAAUAUUAUUUCAUGCGUUGUGGUAGUCUAUCUAUCAGUUGCAGCAUCUGUAUUGAUCGGGGCGUUUUCAACUUUGUUUCGUGCUGUGCCUGCAGCUAUGGUAACCGGUGUAUUGUAUAUUACAUCUGGUGUCUUCAUUAUUUUCGCAAAUUGUAUACAUCAUACAAAAUUGAAUCGUCUUGAGUACGAAUGGGGUCCAUGCUAUCCAAUAUCACAAAUACCUCGAACAUUAUAUACUCCGGAUAUUAUCAGUGUUCAUCCACUUUGGCCUGUGUUAGUCAGUUGGAUAUCAUCAUUUGUUUUCUUUAUUGCUUCAAUCAUAUGGCUUAUUCUUACACAAUUAAUGACUUUUGAAAAUUCUAAAACAAUGAUUUAAUUAAAAAAUUUUCCUUACCCGUUUUUUUUUUCAACUUUCUUCUCUCUUCUCUCUUUUUUCUUCCUUCUCCUCUCUUCCUUACUAUACAUGUAUAUUUUAAAUGAACAAAUAAUUCAUUCUUUAUUUAAAUGGAUAUACUAUCAGGCAAAUUUUAAAUUUCUCUAAGAUCAUCAUUAAAAUAGGUUUAAACAAUUAUGUAAUGCUCAUGUUUAUUUUGAUGAAUAUUAGUUUACUCUUUGUGUAUAACUUAAAAAUAUUGAUAAAUUUUACAGCGACAACAAUAAAAAAAAGAAAAAUAAAGAGAAACAAACAAGAUAGUUUACGUAAUCUAUUAUCAUCUAUUGCACAUAAGCAUUGCAUUCCGACUAAAUAUUGACUAUAUUAAUUACUUGUUCUAAAUAAUAACAAAAAUUAACAGAACUUUGUUCGUUUUUCUUUUC